GAGCAAUAUCUCUUCUUUUUCUGUCAAUUCGCCAUUCAAUCGAGUCUUCGUACUCUUUGUCGUGAUCGAUCGUUGAAUGAGAAGCAAUGUCUGUAGAAAUCAUAGAUAUCGACCUGGAAGGGGAUUCAGAUGGCAGCGGGAAUGAGGUACGCUUUUUGUCCACGAAUCUUCUUUUGAGAUGUGUGAAGGUUAUGCUUAAUGGGUGGGGUUGUCUUGUUAUUGUCCUGGUGUCUGAUGAGUGUAGUAAGAAAGUGGGUAAAGUGGGGUUUUCGAAUAUCUGUUUAUUGACUUGCUUUCUGAAAAGGGGCAUCUGGUCCCCACCUUAUGUGUUUUUCAUGGGUCAGUGUGUUUACCUAUAUGGAAGCAAUAAGGUUUCAAUAGCACGUUAUGAUCCAGAUAUGGUAGAGCAUAUAUGGUAUUUGGAACCUGGAAAGACACUCAGUGAUGGCUUGAAGCAAGUAAUAGGCGAUGCUUCAAUUAGAGAAAUCUUAGACAUACUGAGGGUUCACAACAAGGUUCACAUAUAUGUAAUUCAUAUACUAGAUUUCCCUUUUGUGGUUGAACAAUUUCUUGCAUUACCAGCACCUGGCGAUGAGGCAAACAAGGGUCAAGAAACUGAUAAUGGUAGUAAAAGGGUUGAGACUGAGGGUGUUACUCAUGGUAAGGGGGUUGAUGGUGAGGUUCGUGUGGAGGAAAGCCAAAAGGAGAGUGUAGUUGAGGAUUAUUAUGAACCUGGACAAGAUUUUACUGCAAAAGGUGUUUGGUUAGAGAAGGAAGAUGAAGCUGGUGUUGGUGUUGAGAAGGAAGAUAAAGCUAGUGUUGGUGUCCAGAAGGAAGCUGGUGCUGGGGUUGAGAAGGAACGUGCAGGUGCAUCACAAAGUGAGGAGGUGGCUGAUGACCAUAAUGAUGAUCUCGAUGGGGACAAAGAGGCAGAAGGUGAUGAAGGGCAUUAUGAUCCUGUUAUGGAUAUCCCUAAGUUAACAGAUAACGAAGAUGAGGAGGCUAUGGAGGCCAGAAAGAAGGUCAAGUCCUUUUGUUAUAAUUUCCAAGAGGAUAAUGCAGGACCUAGUUCCUAUCAUGAUGGUGGUGUGAAUGCAGCAGGUCCUAGUACCCCUCUUGCAGCAGUCCAUGAUGAUGGUGAUGAAAUGCAAAGUGAUGCAGAAUAUAGUUACAUUUCUACUGAUGAAGAUGAUGGAAGUGAUGCUGAUCAUGCUUCUAGGAGGAGAGCUACACACGCUGUUUAUGAAGAAGUUGAAGAUGCUCUUCCAGAUAUAAGGUUGGGGAUGAUUUUUGUGAGCAAGGCACAUUUUAAAGUUGUUGUUGACAGAUGCAACGCGAUGCAAAGGAGGGAUAUUAAAUGGAAGAAGAAUGACAGCAAAUGGAUUAGGGCUGUUUGCAAACAUGCCCCAAGCUGUGAUUGGAAAAUACUAUUAUCAAAGGAUGCGGUGACGGAUUCUUGGAUGGUGAAGACAUAUAUUCAUGAGCAUACCUGUGGUGAGGAGUUGACAAGUAAGAGAUUCAACUCAACAAGUGCAUCUAAGUAUUUGGUUAGGAAGAUGGGUUUUGCUUCUCUUUACUUGAAAGCAGAUGACAUUUUUCAAACCAUCUGGAGAAACAUUGGGCUAGAGUUAACUGGAAAACAAUGCAAGAAGGCAAGAGAGAAAAUUGCCCGCGUGUUUGAAGGAAAUUGUUUGAUGGAAUAUAGUAAACUGUGGGACUAUGCUGCUGAGCUGAGGAGAAGAGAUUCAGCGGCCACAAUUCUCAUUCAGGCACCAAGGCCGACAACCAAUGCAAAUCCUAUUUUCAUGAGAAUGUAUGUAUGUUUCAGUGCUAUGAAACUUGGAUUUGUUGCUGGCUGUAGGCCUGUAAUAGGGGUUGAUGGAGCUUUUCUUAAGGGAGCAUAUAAAGGAGUUUUGCUGGUGGCAGUUGGACGGGAUGCCAACGAUCAGAUGUACCCAUUGGCAUGGGCAGUUGUCGAGGAUGCGGUGACGGAUUCUUGGAUGGUGAAGACAUAUAUUCAUGAGCAUACCUGUGGUGAGGAGUUGACAAGUAAGAGAUUCAACUCAACAAGUGCAUCAAAGUAUUUGGUUAGGAAGAUGGGUUUUGCUUCUCUUUACUUGAAAGCAGAUGACAUUUUUCAAACCAUCCGGAGAAACACUAGGCUGGAGUUAAUUGGAAAACAAUGCAAGAAGGCAAGAGAGAAAAUUGCCCGUGUGUUUGAAGGAAAUUGUUUGAUGGAAUAUAGUAAACUGUGGGACUAUGCUGCUGAGCUGAGGAGAAGAGAUCCAGCGGCCACAAUUCUCAUUCAGGCACCAAGGCCAACAACAAAUGCAAAUCCUAUUUUCAUGAGAAUGUAUGUAUGUUUCAGCGCUAUGAAACUUGGAUUUGUUGCUGGCUGUAGGCGUGUAAUAAGGGUUGAUGGAGCUUUUCUUAAGGGAGCAUAUAAAGGAGUUUUGCUGGUGGCAGUUGGACGGGAUGCCAACGAUCAGAUGUACCCAUUGGCAUGGGCAGUUGUCGAGGUUGAGAAGACAGAGACUUGGAGAUGGUUUUUGGAAGAACUGCAAUCAGAUAUGCAAAUUGGUAGUGGCAAUAGAUUCACAAUUAUAUCAGACCAACAGAAGGGGCUAAUAAAUGCAAUUAAAGAGCUGUUUCCAGAUGCUGAACAUAGAAGAUGUGCAAGACACGUAUAUGCCAACUUCCGAAAGGAUAACCGAGGCAAGGAGCUGCAGAGAGCAUUCUGGAAAUGCGCAAAGGCAACCACUGAAGCUGAUUUCAUUAAGGCAUUGGGUGAAUUGACCAACAUUAAACAGAGAGCUAGGGCUGCUGUCUUAAAAGUACACCCACAGUUUUGGUCAAAGGCAUUCUUCAAGGAAGACAAUCUUAGGAUGAUGUGUGGUAGGAGGACUGUUGCUAGAAGGACAUUUGCAGAUGAGAAGUUUGUUGGUGAUUUUGGUCCUAAAAUAUGGGAGAAGAUUGUUGCAAGUAGGGAAGGAAGCAAGAGAUGCAAGGUGCUAUGGCCUGGUGGCGCUGGUUAUGAGGUUGAAGAAGAAGACAAGGGUAAAUUUAUUGUUGAUAUGAACAGGAAGACUUGUACUUGCAGGUGCUGGAACAUGACAAGCAUACCUUGUAAGCAUGCUGAAGCUGGAAACAAUGAAGCUUUUGAAGCCACUGAAGCCACUGAGAACUUGAAUGAUAACAACCCAGUGAGCCAAGCUAAUGAUCCUGCAAGUCAAGUGGUUAAUGAAGAAAGAAGACCUGUCCAAGAGCGAAGAACCGGAGAGAAGAGGAAAAGAGAAAAGAAAUCUGGUAGUCAAAGGCCUACCGUGCAGGAAAAAAGUUCACAAACAGUAAAGAGGAAGAAGAGGCAAAAGAAAGGAUCAACCUCAUCAGCUACUAGACCAAGGAAAGGUGGACAGUCAGGUGCUAGGGGGUGAAGGUGUUGAUGGUUGUGUUUUUUUGCCAUUUGAAGUUGACUGGUGCAUUAGAAAUGAAGAUGGUUGUGUUUUUUUGCCAUUUGAAGUUGACUGGUGCAUUAGAAAUGAAGAUGGUUAUGUUUUUUUGCCAUUUGAAGUUGACUGGUGCAUUAGAAAUGAAGAUGGUUGUGUUUUUUUGCCAUUUGAAGUUGACUGGUGCAUUAGAAAUGAAGCUUUUUUUUUGUUUUUUGUCAUUUAACCUAUCAUUACAUGUAAACUUAGACAACUUCAUGCGAAUUCCUGUUUUGUAUAUGGUGUAUAUGCUGUUGUGCAUAUGAUGGCUUCAUGGGACAGGUUGUAUGUAUGUUGGUACACCUUUGAUAUCCAGACUGAUGUAAAUGGUGCAAAUAUUUUGGAUUUAACCUUCUGGAAUCAAAAAUUGUUCUUGACUGAAAAGUCGUGUUUUGGUUGAGAAUUACAUUUUGCUGUGUAUUUGCUAGUAAGAAAUUGAACUUGUACAG